AUGAAGACCGCCGUUCUUUCGCUGGUGGCAGCUGCUGCUCUGAGCGUUCCCUCUACCUAUGCCAGUGUAGUGUCAUCCAGAGAUUCCAAGAUAACACCCAUCACUGUCAAAGGCAAUGCUUUCUUCAAAGGCAAUGAGAGGUUUUACAUUCGUGGACUUGACUAUCAGCCGGGCGGUUCAUCAAAGGUCGAAGACCCAAUUGCCGAGCCAGAUACCUGCAAACGAGACAUUGAGUACUUCAAGGAACUUGGCUUGAACACGAUCCGUAUCUACACCGUUGACAACUCCAAAAACCACGAUGAGUGCAUGAAAGCUUUAGCAGAUGCUGGAAUCUAUCUCGUCCUCGAUGUGAACACCCCUAAAUACUCGAUCAAUCGUGCAGAGCCUGAAAUAUCAUACAACGACGUCUAUCUACAAAAUGUCUUUGCGACUGUCGAAAUGUUUGCUAAAUAUGACAACACUUUGGCUUUCUUUUCUGGAAAUGAAGUCAUCAAUGAUGGUGAAACCUCGAACACGGCUCCUUACGUCAAAGCUGUUACGCGUGACGUUCGACAGUUUAUCCGCAGUCGCGGUUUGAGAAAGGUUCCCGUUGGUUACUCUGCGGCCGAUAUUGACACCAAUCGCUUGGAAAUGGCACAAUACAUGAACUGUGGGCCUGACGAUGAGCGAAGUGAUUUCUUCGCUUUCAACGACUACUCCUGGUGCGAUCCGUCAUCCUUUACGACAUCCGGAUGGGACCAGAAGGUCAAAAAUUUCACGGGGUACGGACUGCCUCUCUUCCUUUCUGAAUACGGGUGCAACACAAAUAAGCGUGGCUUCGGCGAGGUGAAGGCUUUGUACUCUGAGAAAAUGACGCCUGUCUACUCCGGCGGUCUUGUCUACGAGUAUACCCAAGAGCCGAGUAACUACGGCUUAGUGGACCUUGGCGGUGAUAAGCCUAAGAAGCUGGAUGACUUCGACACUUUGAAGAAAGCAUUUGCAGGCACAAAGAACCCUUCUGGUGAUGGUGGCUACAACUCAACUGGCGGCGCCAAUCCUUGCCCCAAAAAGAACGCUCCCAACUGGGACGUAGACGACGAUGCUCUCCCAGCCAUCCCCGAGCCAGCGAAGAAGUAUAUGAAAGACGGCCCUGGCAAAGGACCAGGACUUUCGGGUAAGGGCAGCCAGAACGCGGGUACCAAAUCUAGUGGAACGGCUACCCCAGGAUCUGGGUCUGUUACCGCCACAUCUUCCUCAAGUCAAGGCGCCGCGGCCGGUUUACGCAUUGAAACUAGCAUCGCCCCAAUGGUCUGUGCUAUGCUGGUUGUAAUUUCGACCAUGUUUGGUGCUUCGUUUAUCUUUAUGCUCCAAAUGUAA